UUCAAUUCAGCAUUGUGGGGGCCUUCUUUAGUAUAUUUGCCAGUGAGCUGUGGGUCCGAGUUCGCGAAAUGUACUCAGUCAAAAGCGCCGCAUACAAGUUGUAAGGAGAUUGUUGUUGUUUGAUAGGCUCAUGUUAUUUCGACAGACAUGGUUGUAAGCUGCAGGAUUGACGUGCAUUACCCCAAACAAUCUGUCAUGUGCUGAUUGCUUUGUGUGAGUUUCCUGGUCGAGGUAGUGACGCAUCGGGAGGUUCGACCACUGGACAUAAUGUUUAGGCAUAUCAUCCUUUUGUGUAUUGUUGCUGUGCUGUCAUGGAGCGUCGUAUCUGCACAUGUCCUUGUUCCACCGAAAGGAUACAGCGUUGGAUUCACAGGGACGAUCCGGAAUGGGGUUCAGAAGUAUGUCUGCAAACACGGCUAUUGGAUCAAGACAGGGUCUUCUGCUGACGUAAUCUCUUCAGACGGUUCAAAACUUGGAACUUACCGAGCAGUCUAUGACCAGAAUGCGCGGACGAACACUUACUACUGGAACAUCCUAAAUAGCGCUGGAGGCUCCCACGAAUCAGGACACGCAGUGAGUGUUAUACAAGCCUCACCUCUGAAGAGCGUGCGAGUGUCUUCAUCAGCUAUCCCAGAGUAUUUAGCAAUCGUUAAAGUGCGCCGCGGUGGAGGAGAUACGUCUCAGGUUACAUUUGUAUCGCUCACCGGGACGAGAGGUGGUUUGCCUCCAAGACAGGCAUUGUGCACCGGAUAUGGCUCUACAUCCGGUGUCCCGUUCGGAGGGAAGUUCACUUUCUACACCGUGGAUCGUGAGCCUCCUCAGGUUCCACCAUCUCUGACAGCAAAUGGAACCUUUGUGCAGUCGGUAUUCUGUGAAGGAAAGAUCAGCUAUCGGUUCACCGGAGGCCGCUGGAUCCGUCGUGGCUUUUCCGCCAAAAUGUCUGAAGUAGCCGGAGGCAGCUCACUCGGGCAAUGUGGAACAGUCCUGAAGCCUGAUGCUUAUGGCAGCAAAGUGGCGUUCCGAUUCGGAUCUCCCAAUGGGUUCUGGCUUCAGGGCAGGCAGUGCACCCAGCCCCUCAAAAUCUCCUCCGACGGCUGCCCAUGGCAAUUGCUAGCCAUCACCACCUCCGGAGGCACUGAAUCUCCAAUGGGUCGGUACAAGUACGUACUGAUAGGGGCCACAUACGGAGGAGAGCCACCAAACCUCGCCGCCAGAACCGAGGGCAUGACAUGGGGUUCUUGCUUCACAGCUCAGGCCUACUUGUUCGCAGAGUAAAGAUCGCGCCGGUGAAUCUGACGAAACAGGAGGGAGAUCAAUCACAACAAGUCUCGCAAGCAAUUGAAGGUAACGGAGCAGAUUUAUCAUCCUCCUCGGGCUUGGAUCUAUUCAAGCAAACUCCAGAUUUUGGAAUAAUGGGAACAAGAGACCGGCUGUGCAUUGAGGCCCAUGGUGCCACUGCCUUUUCAUUCAUUUAUUUAGACAUGGCGAUUCUUUCACUAUCUGGAGCUAUGGAUGGCUAAAGCUUUUCUCUACUUCUGGUGGCUGAACAGCGAUAGCUUCUCAUUCUUUGGGCAAUGGACUCCGUAGCAGAAAAAUAAUGUGUCUGGCUCUAGAAUGUCAAUUUUUGGAUGCUAAUCCAUAUGUGAGCAAGGCUCUGCAUUUAAUAAUGUGUAUGUAGGAGUGUCUCGUCAAACCGUGUUUCUGCGGAAUAGGAAUAGAUGAGAAUUUCAUACAUUUCUACAACUUCUGCGGCAUAGCUCAAACUUCCCUUGUAAACUUUGAAACAGUUUCUGAUGCAGGAAGCCCCAAAUGGUUAUAGAUACUGUUCCUUUACAAGCUUCUAGGUUGCUUUAGAGUGAUUUGGAUUUGUGCUCCGGAACAAUCCAUGAUCUUUGUUGAGUUGUUAGAAGAUAAUUUUGUGUCUACUUUGCAACUCAAAGCUCAAAGCAAUUUCUCUAAAAAAAAUUGGUUUUGACUCUGAA